GCAGAGAAGCAGGCAGCACGCGACCUGACCCCAGCAGCCGCAGCCAGAGCACCAGCCUAGCCAUGUACCUUGAGGUUAGUGAACGUCAAGUGCUAGAUGCCUCGGACUUUGCCUUUCUUCUGGAGAACAGUACCUCUCCUUAUGAUUAUGGGGAAAACGAGAGCGUCUUUGACUCCCCGCCCUGCACACAGGACUUCAGUCUGAACUUUGACAGAGCCUUCCUGCCAGCCCUCUAUAGCCUCCUCUUUUUGCUGGGACUGCUAGGCAACGGGGCUGUGGCUGCUGUGUUACUGAGCCAGCGCACUGCCCUGAGCAGCACAGACACCUUCCUGCUCCACCUGGCUGUGGCCGAUGCACUGCUGGUAUUGACCCUCCCGCUAUGGGCAGUAGACGCUGCUGUCCAGUGGGUUUUUGGCUCUGGCCUCUGCAAAGUGGCAGGUGCCCUCUUUAACAUCAACUUCUACGCAGGGGCCUUCCUGCUGGCCUGCAUAAGCUUUGACCGCUAUCUGAGCAUAGUGCAUGCCACCCAGAUCUACCGCAGGGACCCCUGGCUACGCGUAGCCCUCACCUGCAUAGUUGUCUGGGGACUCUGUCUGCUCUUUGCCCUCCCAGACUUCAUCUUCCUGUCGGCCAGCUAUGAUCAGCGCCUCAAUGCCACUCGCUGCCAGUACAACUUUCCCCAGGUGGGUCACACGGCUCUGCGCAUCCUGCAGCUGGUGGCUGGUUUCCUGCUGCCCCUUGUAGUCAUGGCCUACUGCUAUGCCCAUAUCCUGGCUGUGCUGCUGGUCUCCAGAGGCCAGAGGCGCUUACGAGCCAUAAGGCUAGUGGUGGUGGUGGUGGUGGCCUUUGCUGCCUGCUGGACCCCCUAUCACCUGGUGGUAUUGGUGGAUAUCCUCAUGGACCUGGGAGUUUUGGCCCGAAACUGUGGUCGAGAAAGCCACGUGGACGUAGCCAAGUCAGUCACCUCGGGCAUGGGCUACUUGCACUGCUGCCUCAACCCACUGCUCUAUGCCUUUGUGGGGGUAAAGUUCAGAGAACAAAUGUGUAUGCUGCUCAUGCGCCUGCGCCGCUCUGACCAGAGAGGACCCCAACGUCAGCCAUCAUCUUCACGGCGGGAAUCAUCCUGGUCCGAGACGACAGAGGCCUCCUACUUGGGCUUGUAACUCUGGAAUGAAACUGUAGCCUGUGCCACCCAGGUCCUAACCCAUGCAGGUUCUUCUCCUCCUUGUGGCUGGGCUAGCUCUGACUCACGCACAACAUCACUGCUGGGACCCACUGGCAGGCAGCCCAGCACCUCCAGGUCUCAGGAGGACCACUCUCCCAGCUGCCUCAGCUGCCACACCCCAGCCUGCUAUUUCAGAGCUAGCUGCCUGGAGCACCACUACCCUUCGAAUUCAGCAAGGAGAACUCAGCCUUCCCUGUGUGAGGGGAGUGGGAGGUGACACACAGAGAGGGCCAGCCCUUGUUCGCCACUGAACGUGCCUGUGGUCCCCGACAUGUCAAUAUCCGC